ACGGUGGUCAUUUCCCGUCUCCCCACUGCUUUCCCAGGAGAGAUGGGAAGGGGUUAAACGCACCGAGCUCUUCUUUCUAGAGAGGCUGCCAGACGGGAGCUUCCUUCCCAGCCCGCUCCUUCUCCCCUUCGCUUUGCAAGCCUCCCCUUGCAUUGAAUUGGGCAAACUGUGCGGCUUCUCCAAGGGGGCGGGGGUUGCAAUGCAAAGACUUGUAGGAGUGGAUGACGUACGAGGGAGAGAUGGCGAGGAGAUGAAUCUUCAGUCAGAAGAACCCGAAGAGAGCGAUCUCAAUGGGACAUCAGUAAGAGAAGCCAAAGGUAUGCCUGAGAUACAAGAAGCCCGGCAAAAUCAGCAGGGACUAGAAAGCGAUGGACAACUCGAUCUGGUGGAAAAAGAUUCUUUUUUGGGCAACCCAAGUUCACCUGAAACAGCAUUCUGUGGGGGAAAAGUGGAUCACACUGACUCUACUGGGAGCCAACCAUCUCAGAAAAGAAAGAAAGAGUUUGUAUGCUCAGAAUGUGGGAGAACUUUUAGUCGUAAUUCAGCUCUGACAAACCACAAGACUGCACAUACAGGAGAGAAGCCACAUCAGUGUCCAGUCUGUGGGAAACGCUUCGCAUACAAAGCACUGCUCGUUCGACAUGAAAAAUCCCACGUGGAAGAAAAGCCGUACAAAUGCUUAGACUGUGGGAAAAUCUUCAGUUGCAGUAGCAUCUUUUCAGUCCAUGAACGAACCCACAGGGCAGAGAAGCCAUACAUUUGUUCAGACUGUGGAAGAAACUUUGCCCACAAAAUAUAUCUUGUGAAACAUCAGCGGACUCACAUGGUAGACAAACUGUAUCCCUGUGUAGAGUGUGGUAAAGGCUUUGCAAGUCGAUCUACACUUUCUGCCCACCAGAGAAGUCAUACGGGGGAGAAACCGUAUGAAUGCUCUGAAUGUGGGAAAAGUUUUAGUCAGAAAUCGCAUCUAACUAUCCAUAAUAGAAUUCACACUGGAGAGAAACCACAUUCAUGUUUGCGCUGUGGGCACAGCUUCAGUCGAAAAUUUGAUCUUCUCUUACACGAGAGGACACAUACGGGUGAAAAACCCUACCGGUGCUCAGAAUGUGGGAAAAGUUUCUGUCAGAGCUCCCAGCUUUUUGUCCACAGAAGAAUCCAUACAGGAGAGAAACCAUUCAAGUGUUUAGAAUGCGGGAAAACCUUCCGUUGGGAAAGCAGCCUCAAGAUGCAUGUGAGAAACCAUGCAGGGGACAGGCCUUACGCUUGCUCGGACUGUGGCAAAAGCUACAGUAGGUCAUAUGACUUCAUUAGGCACACAGAAACCCACACAGGAGAGAAACCCCACAAGUGCCCCGAUUGUGGGAAAAGGUUUAGCAACAAGUCAAUACUUGUUGAACAUAAGAGGAUACACACGGGAGAAAAACCAUUUAAGUGUUCAGAGUGUGGGAAAAGCUUCAGUCAGAGGUCAAACCGCAAUACACACAUGAGAAUUCACGCUGGAGGAGAACCAGGAAAGAACCCUGGAAAACUGAGCAAUGGGAAUGCUGUGCCAGUACUGUCUAAAGAAAGUUGCUAGGUAGAUCCCCAGAUAUUAGUAUUUCCUGUUUAAUGAUGCAUUUGUGGUAGGGGAGGUUGCUGUCAUAAUGUCUGUCAUUCCCUCCCUUCCUUGAUCCUGCUUCUCAUCAUUUGUGUCAUUGCUGGGUUUUAUUCCAUCCGUUCAGUCCAGUUCAGUUUAUUAAAGUUUUAACAGUCCAUUGUCUGUACACUUUGAAAGAAAACAGAGUUUAACAGUUUAAAAAUACAGUAUAACAGAUGUUUGCCACAUUCACAAUACAGUGUUUACAAAGACUAUUCCAAAGUAAUCUUCAUUUUAUGGCAUCAGAGAAGGUUGAAAAUUUUAGUAGCCGUUUUCUAAGAAAUUUUUCUCUAGCUACAUCGUUCUUUGGAUAAUAAAAGAAGUUAUGAGACAAGGAAUUGACCUCAGUCAAUGAGCAGUCACAAAAGCGCUGUUCUGGAGGUAUCGCCGAGAAACAACCCUUUAUCUUGGCUGUUGGCAAUGCAUUGCUACACACAAUCAUAUAUGACCACCACAGUUUUGGAACAUCUGAUAUGUUGAAAUAGUGUGGCGGAUCAAAUUGUGUUGAAUCCUUGAUUUCCAGGUAAAGAGAACAUUUUCAUUUCCAGAUUAAUGUUGAAAUGUUUGGAAGAUCCCAUUUGAAUCAUACAACUGACAAAGCUAUGCAUGAUGGCUGAGUGAGUACUUUGUGGAAAAAAGCUAACUGAAGCUUGUUCAGUAUUUUUAUUGGACCUAAGAACCAGAUCUAAGAACCAGUGCUAAGAACAGGAUCCAUAGAGCAUACAUGGUAUUAUGAGUGCUGUGUAUGCCUUCAAGAGUGCUGGCAUGUAAAUGGGCUCCUUUAAUAAAGAAAAAGAAUUCUUAAAGCCAACAAA